GGAGGCCUACAUGCAACUUUCUUUGGUUGUUCAGCAUCUGGGUUCAUCCAACACUCCUGCCCCCACUAUGUCACACAAGUUUGAUGCCAAUGAGAACAAAGUCAUGGACCUGAGGUACAUACGUGGGGAGGUUGGUGCCACAUCCUCCCUGGCCCCCAAGAUUAACAAUGAAAAAUUAUUUUUAAAAAAAGGUACUUAUGACAUUGCCAAGGCACCCAGUGACUGGAAGGGUCUAAGGGUUAUGGUGAAGCUGACCAUUCAGAACAAACAGCCCCAGAUUGAGAUGGUACCUUCUGCCCCUGCCCUGGCCAUCAAAACCCUGAAGGAAUCACCCAGAGACAGGGGGAAGCUGAAAAAUAUUAAGCAGAGAAGAAAUAGCACUUUUGAUGAGAUUGUCAAUGUUGCCCAAUACACGAGCCACCCAUAUUUAGCCAGAGAACUCUCUGGAACUAUUAAAGAGAUCCUGAGGAUUGCCCACUCUGUGAGUUGA